UCCCUCUUCUUCCCCUCACACAUUUUGUGCGUCUCUCUCUCUCUCUCUCUCUAGACUCAGAUAUGGAGGAUCCGAGUCGCCUACCUCGCCCGGCUCAAUUCCAGUACCGUCUUCUUCAUCCUCACUCGCUCCCCUCUCCCGCCUCUUCUUCUCUUCCGUCCAAUCCCCGCCGCGUUCGCCACUUCACUCCGCCGCCGGACGGCCGAGACUCCAAGCCUCCUGGCCUCUCCGAUAAGGCUCUCAGCUCACGCGCCGACGCCUACGCCGCUUUUGCUAAGCUUGAGUUAGGGAAGGUCAAACAAGAACCGGAUAACUGUGAGGCCCAGACUAGUGGGCAGGCAGUUGCUGCUGAUCAAAAGCAAGUACUUAAUGAUCCUGUAUCCACUAUAGCAAGGUCCUGCGGAGGGGUACAUCCGAUCAGUAAAUCAAAGGUUGCGAAGCUUAUCAAAUCUGAGAGUAUAAAUGUGGACUCUAAAAAUGGCUUGACUCCAGCUACUUCUUGCCGUUUUGACAGUUCUUUAGGCUUGUUAACCAAGAAAUUCAUCAGAUUACUUCAGGAUACCAAAGAUAGAACUCUUGAUUUAAACAAAGCAGCAACGGUGUUGGAGGUUCAAAAGAGGAGGAUAUAUGAUAUUACAAAUGUUCUUGAAGGAAUAGAUUUGUUAGUAAAAGUCUCAAAGAACCACGUCCGUUGGAAGGGCCAUGACGCACCAGGGGCAAUAGAUGAUCAAGUUUUUAGAUUAAAGGAUGAGGUUGAAUCGUUAAGUGCUGAGGAAUGCAGGCUUAAUGACGCUAUAAGGAAAAGACGAGAGCUUAUAAGGACUGUGAAGGAAGAUAGGAACAAUCAAAAGUACCUGUAUUUGAAGGAGGGAGAUAUCUUGAGCCUUCCCUGCUUCCAGAAUCAAACUCUUAUUGCAAUAAAAGCUCCUCAUGCUAGUACUAUUGAAGUUCCUGAUCCUGAUGAGGAUAUUGAUUAUCCCCAAGGACAGUACAGAAUGACCGUUAGAAGUGCCACAGGACAGAUAGAUUGUUACCUCCUAAGUGAUUACCAAGGGCAACAAGAAGGCAUUACCUUUAAGCAAGAAAACUCAACAGGGUCAUCUCUUUGUGAUAACACUGGCUAUUGCAGCAUGGAUAUGUCACCAGAAGUUCACAGCUCACAAGACGCAGAUCCAUCUUCUGGGAUGCAGAAAAUUGUUCUUUCACACUUAGACGUGAACAAUGACUAUUGGUUUAGAUCAGAACAACCAGAAGUAAGCCUUACAGAUCUCUGGGCAAGUAAUUAAACAACCUCCUUGUAGACAAUUCUGUGAAGAGUCCUGCAGGGUUUGGGUUUGGCUGUAACCUAAUUGUAGAUAGGUACAAGGCUGUUGAUUCUUCCAGAUGACAUGAAGGACAGCUCUAUUUCGUGUUCCAGAUGCAAAUCGUGUAUCAAGUUCUUUUUGUUUUUUUACUAACAUUCCAUAGUUACACCCGAAAGGUCAGAAAGAUUCACGGCGAGGAAGCUAGUGUUUCUUCCAUGGCUGCUCAAGCCACUCAAAGCAUGUAUACCAGUUUCAAUCAAAUAAAGAGUUGACGUUAUUUUCAGGGAAAUAAUGCCAUUUUUGGCAAUUUUAGGCUAUCAGUA